AUGUCUUUGCCUUUCGGCGAUCUCCCAGUAGCAAAGUCGCUGCUCGACUUCCAGCGCGUGCUCUCACCCACUGCUGGUGUGCGUGUUUCGCCGCUGUGCCUGGGAGCCGGGAACUUUGGCGAUGCGUGGAGCGAGGCGUUCGGCGUGUGCGACAAGAAGACGUCGUUUGAGAUUCUGGACUAUUUCUACGACCAGGGCGGCAACUUCAUCGACACGGCCAACCUCUAUCAAGACGAGCAGUCGGAGACGUGGAUUGGCGAGUGGAUGCAGAAGCGCGGCCGCCGUGAUGAGAUGGUGAUUGCUACAAAGUUCUCAUCAUUGUACCCGGCCCCCAAGACCAGGCCGCGCAUGGCGGCCAACUUUGCGGGUAACUCGACCAAGUCUCUCCAUCUCUCGCUCGAGGCAUCCCUCAAGAAGCUGCAGACCGACUACGUGGACUUGCUCUACAUCCACUGGUGGGACUUUACCACGGGCAUCCCCGAGCUGAUGCAAUCGCUCAACCACAUGGUGCAGAGAGGCAAGGUGCUGUACCUCGGCGUCAGCGACACACCUGCAUACAUUGUCAGCAAGGCCAAUCAAUACGCGCGCGACCACGGCCUGCGCCCCUUCUCCGUCUACCAAGGGCGCUGGUCAGCGUCAGAGCGCGACUUCGAGCGCGAAAUCAUCCCCAUGGCGCGCGAGGAAGGCAUGGCCCUGGUGCCCUGGGGCGUGCUGGGCAGCGGCAGCUUCACCAUCAAGGCGAAGCGCGAGAACAACGAGCGGGGCCGCGUCGCCUUGAUGCCCCAGCUCGACAGGGCCGCCAAGGUCGCGGAGAAGCUCGAGGCGGUGGCCAAGCGCAGGGACACGCUGAUCACGUCCAUUGCGCUGGCGUACGUCAGGACCAAGUACCCUUACGUGAUCCCGAUUGUCGGGGGCCGCAAGGUCGAGCACCUGAAGGGCAAUAUAGAGGCGCUGAGCAUCGACCUGAGCGCCGAGGAGGUUCUGGAGAUUGAGUCGGCGGUCGAGUUUGAUGUCGGGUUCCCGCUGAGCAUGAUCUUCGCGCUUGAGGGAGGAGUGGUCAGCUCAAAUAGCACGAGCGCGGAUGUUACAACUCUGAGUUGGGCGGGCAACCUCGAGGCGCCGCAGCAUCAGCAGCCGAUCAAGCCGCAUGGACUGCAGGGCUAUGGGAGGAACCCGUAG